AAAACACAGUCCUACUUCUGCAUUUAAGUCCUUUCCUACCGACCCAUUCCUCUGCUUUUUCCUCCUUUAAAAAUGUGCUACUUAUAAAUCCUUCUUUUGCUCCUUUUCUCUGUCCCGCUCUCUCUCUGUCUCUCUGUCUCUCUCUCUCAUUAUCACUCUAGAUCCAAUCCAAAGCCUGUUACCACUUUGAAAAGCCUCUCAAUAGAGAUCAUCCCUUCAAAGCAAUAUCUACCUAAGUUUCAAAAAAUGGCUCCACUAGUGUACUUCAGUCUCAGAAAGGUACAAUUACUUUAUCUUGUUCUAUUACUCUUUACUUCUGUUUUCCUUUGUGCCUGCUCAGAUUCUCAACUUCCCAACAAACAGUUUUCUGGUAGAAGAAAAUUGUUAGAACUAGAAACAGAUGAGCCACCCAAAAAGAAAACCAACAGCCUAUCCACCAAGGACCAGAUCAAGCUUAGCAAGCCUAGUUUAUCCUCAAAAAACCAAACCAAACUCAUCAAGUCUAGUCUGUCCAGCAAAAACCAAACCAAGCUCACCAAAGCCACCAAUUCUACCAAACUAGCAUCCAAUGUUUUAUCCAAGUUAGGAUUCAAGAAGCUCAAUUCCACCUCCAAGAUCAAGAAGCUCAAUUCCACAUCCAAAGCCACAAAUUUUAACAAACCCAAUUCAUUUUCCAUGAAGAAAACCUCAGAUCUAGGCAAAUCAAGCACACCCAAGAACAAAACAACCAAAAUCACUACCAAGAAAGACACACAAAGUUCACAACCCCUUGUAGAGAAGAAGUUAACAAAGCUUGAAUCUGAAAAACCAAUCAAAAACCAGCAACCAAAUAAAAAACCCAACCAGACCAAAAAACCAACACAACCCAGCUGGUUAGACGAAGAGGAUGAUUUGGUUUCAGAUUUCAGAGACUUAACAGGUUUGCCCACAAAGUUCCAACGAACUCUGAUUCCAGACCUUGAGAAAUUCUCAAUCACCUCAAAAGCAUACAUUUUCAAAGCCAACAAAGAAAUCACAAAAGGGUUCAAACCCAUUGUUGGAAACAAAUAUGCAUCCACCAUUGCCACCGUAGUUUCUUGUGCUUUCAUGUUAAUCCCAUUGCUUCUAGUCUCUCUCAUUUUCACUAAAAUCAAAGCCUAUUUCUCACUCCAAAAGCUCUUGAUUUUCAUCCAAAUAUACCUCUCCAUCUACUUCUCAAUUCUUUGCCUCUCCUCGCUGGUCACGGGGCUCGAGCCACUCAGGUUUUUCUACGCUACUUCGAUGUCCACCUACGUUUGUUUACAGUUGCUACAGACACUUGGAUACGUGUUAUACUUGCUGCUGCUUUUGAUGUACCUGAUUCUUGUCUUCUCAACUGAAUGUGGGCUGGGCUCAAAGUUUCUGGGCCUGGCCCAAACCUUCGUGGGCUUCGCCGUUGGGCUGCAUUAUUACAUGGCGGUGUUUCACAGAAUGGUGAUGCACCAACCGCCCAAGACCAAUUGGAUAGUUCACGGGAUCUAUGCCACGUGUUUUUUUGUCAUUUGUCUGUUUGCUAACGCGGAGAGAAGAAAGAAGGCCUACUUGGAAGAAGGCGGCGAAGAGGGCAAGAAAAGCUAGUUAUUUUUGGGUAAAGCUUGUGUCCAGUAUUAUUUUGUACACACGUUCAGAUUCAGACACAUGUUCACAUCGUAACAAGUUAAGUGCAAAAAAACACUGGACACAAGCCGAUUCCAAUUUUUUUCUCAUUUAGUAUUUUAUUUAUUUUUUAUUCUGUUUAGUUUUUACUAGACAGGUUUUUUCCACAACCAUAGAUUUCAAGUGGUACAAAAUAAUACCAUUGGUCAAGCUCAAGCAAGAAGCAACCAUGGUGUUAUUAGUUAUUACUUUAUGUACAAGAAAGUGGACAAUUUUUAGCUACUUGAUUUAUUUUUUUUUAUAUGUAUAAUUGUAUGUUAUUAUUAUUA